CCUUCUGGGCGCCCAGAACAACUGGGGUUUUGGGACAGUAUAGCUUUAAGGGAACUUCUGGCAGAUGUGGCCGCUCACAUCUGGACAGUGUUCGCAGUCCAGGAGCGGGAGCCGCUGGUUUUAGGAAUGUGAAAAGUAAAGGCAAAGUUUUCCGUGCUGGACGAGGAGGAGAGAAAGACCCCAGCUCCGAGUUUACACGGAAGCUUCUCCUGGCACUUGGAAGUUUGUCACUACCCGGACUCAAAAAUUCAUCAACUUUCUCUCUCGCCCUGUGCCCACCACUUUUGGCCAUAGCCCAAUCAUUCUGGCCUCUCAAAGGGCCUGAGAUCAGGAUGCCCAUUCAGCUGGCCCCAAUGAGAGCUCCCUUUCUACUGAUAUUCCUGACCAAAGCUGUGAGCCCCACAUGGUAUGCAGGCUCAGGUUACUAUCCUGAUGAAAGCUACAAUGAAGUGUCUGUUGAAAUGCCCCCCCGGGCCCCUAGUCUGGACUAUCGAGUGCCCCGAUGGUGCUAUACUUUGAACAUUCAAGAUGGAGAAGCCACUUGCUACUCCCCAAGGGGGGGUAACUAUCACAGCAGCUUGGGCACCCGGUGUGAGCUGUCCUGCGACCGGGGCUAUCGGCUGAUCGGCCAGAGGUCCGUGAACUGCCUGCCAAGCCGGCGCUGGUCUGGGACAGCCUACUGCAGACAGGUGAGAUGUCCUGUGCUGCCACUGAUCACCAGUGGCACCUACACCUGCACGAAUGGCAUCUUGCUGGAUUCCCGUUGUGACUACAACUGUGCCAGUGGCUACCACCUGGAAGGUGACCGUAGCCGAAUCUGCAUGGAGGACGGGCGGUGGAGUGGAGGCGAGCCUGUAUGUGUAGACAUUGAUCCUCCCAAGAUUCGCUGUCCCCACUCUCGUGAGAAGAUGGCUGAGCCAGAGAAACUGACUGCCAGGGUGUACUGGGACCCACCUGUGGUGAAAGACUCUGCAGAUGGCACCAUUACCAGGGUGACCCUGCGGGGACCUGAGCCAGGCUCUCGGUUUCCUGAAGGAGAGCAUGUAAUUCGGUAUACUGCCUAUGACCGAGCCUAUAAUCGGGCUAGCUGCAAGUUCAUCAUCAAGGUUCAAGUGAGACGCUGCCCUACUCUGAAGCCACCUCAGCAUGGCUACCUCACCUGCACCUCGGCAGGGGACAACUAUGGGGCUGUAUGCGAGUAUCAAUGUGAUGGGGGCUACGAGCGCCAGGGGACCCCCUCCCGAGUCUGCCAGUCUAGCCGACAGUGGUCAGGAUCCCAGCCCAUCUGUACCCCCAUGAAGAUUAACGUCAACGUCAACUCAGCCUCAGCCCUCCUGGAUCAGUUCUAUGAGAAAAGGCGGCUUCUCAUUGUCUCCUCUCCAGAUCCUUCCAAUAGAUACUACAAAAUGCAGAUCUCCAUGUUACAGCAAUCUACCUGUGGGCUGGACCUUCGCCACAUGACCAUCAUUGAACUGGUGGGGCAGCCUCCUCAGGAAGUGGGACGCAUCCGGGAGCAGCAGCUGUCGGCUGGCAUCAUAGAGGAGCUCAGGCAAUUUCAGCACCUCACCAGAUCCUACUUUAACAUGGUGCUUAUUGACAAGCUGGGUGUAGACAGAGAACGGUACAUGGAACCAGUUACCCCUGAAGAAAUCUUCACUUUCAUUGAUGACUACCUUCUGAGCAACCAGGAGCUGGACCAGCGUCGGAAACAGCAGGAUGUAUGUGAAUGAACCUGAGCCAGGGCACAGGGUGUACGUGAGGCACCCUGGCUCAAGACCUCUGGACCCUGAAAAGAAAUCAGUAGGGAGUUUUUUUUUUCUAUUUGGGUGCCCAGCUAUCUAGAGCACUAAGAACAGAGCAGGGGGCUGGUAACCUACACUGCCCCCCCACGGGGAGGUUUUCAGGGAUCUGGGGGUGAGUGGGGUUCUUUAGGCCUGUCAGGUUCAGCAGAGGCUAUCUUCUGGAUGGCAACGGAACACAAAGAACAGAGAAUUCCAUAAGAUUCUAAGACCGUUGGCAGAGGCUGUGGGGUCAUGUUCUUUCUUCUGCCCCCCCUUUAACUUUCUAAGCUCCCAGAAGUUGAUAAACCCCUCUGUUCAUUCACCAACAUUAUGUGUGUUUUAACUGGCUCCCUUUCCCUGAUAGUAUACCACCAGCAGCAGAAAUCACCCUCUUUCCCUUCACAUGGUCCGGGAGAGGGAAGGGGAGGGAAGGAGAAAGGAGGGGAAGGGAAGGGAAGGAAGGGCAUGUGUAGCACUGAACGUUGCUAGUCCUUGAUUUUUUAUUCCCAGUGCUUCUCCCUUUGCCUUACCCUAAGAACAUCAUUGUACUCUUAGCUCAUCUUACCCACUUUGUCCUGGCAGCUUGCCCUUCCAGCUCCCACUAAAGUUGUCCAAGAACAAACUGUAGCUUCUCUUCCUGCUGCUCCCUCCAAAGGCCCUGUGAAACUAUUAUACUCAGAUAUGUCUUCUUUUUUCCAGCUUAGGUCCAGUGAGGGUAGAGGCUAAGAACUUCAAGGAAGUGAAGGAGGAUUGUUGAAUAAAAGGUCUUUUUCUUCCUGCCUUUUA